AUGGCGGACAAGAAUAUAAAAGAGCGACUAUUCACGAUUCCGAUCUGGGCUUUAUUGCUCAGUGAAACAAUUCUGGUCGCUGGAAGUUUAUGUCUCAUUAUUGGUUUACUAUUUACUUUUGCCACCGCGACAUCGUUGACCACCUUCGGAACAAGUUUACGAAACGCAUUGAUUAAUCAGACUAUCGGAAAUGUUACUGCUUCCUUGGUUUUAAUGGAGGACGCGCUGCUCGCUAUGACCGAAAAUCCAUUGAUGAUGGCGUUUGCCAGUUUGGAUCCAAUCGUAGCUACCAACGGCGGUAUCUCAUCAAUCAAUGCCACCACCAGUUCAAUUGCACUAUCCACACUUUCACUCGCCAGCGCUGCUUGUAUGCACAUCUCAGCUUGUGAAGGAGCUGGCAUGGGUCUUGGUGAUAAUAUGAUGAUCGCCUACUCUCAUUCUGGAAAUGCUUUUAGCGUUCAAGACGCCAGUACUGGAUCAGGAACAUCUCAAACGUCUGCAAUUUAUAACUAUGCGGUCAAUCCUGUUACGUAUCAGGCUGCCUUGAAUUCCACAACAUUUUCGCUAUCGCUAGCCUACAAUUUUAAUGCGUCUGUCUGGCUUGCCACUACCGGAUGGACUCCAUCAACUACCUUAACUCCAAUGUGGGGAGGAAAUGCGCGUUCAGUAGUCCCGAAAAGUGGAACGCCGAACUAUUUGAUUUACAUGUCAUACUUCCGAUUGUUUUAUGCAAACAUGGCCAUCGACACGGGAAACCCAGCCCAACACUUUUCAACUCUUUCUUGGAUUGCCUUUUCCAUCACUGCCCUUGAAGAUGCGUUGUCUGAAUUCUCCGUUACGCCGAAUGGCAUGGUGUAUAUUGUAACCCCCACUGGCCUCAUGGUCUCGUCAUCGGUAAAGAAUGUUUCUCAAGUCAACUACGGUCCUACGUCGUAUAACGCAGCCCAGUCUCCCAACACUUACAUUCGGGAAUCGAAUCUAUACCUAAAUUCGCAAUACGGCUCCUUGACGAACAUCCCGGCUGCAGGAUUGUCUCUUUCUUUCUCUUCAACGACUGGCGAAGCUCUUCUUUGUGAUGUGAAAUGGCUCAAUCGAACCAACCUUCAAUGGAUUGUCGUCACCGUUAUUCCUCGAAGUGAUAUUUGGGGUCUUGUCGAUGCCAAUUCUCGCAACAUUGUGAUUUCGACGGUUAUAGUAGGAGUGCUUGGUGGCCUUAUCAGUGUCACUAUGGCAUUCGUACUGACUCGACCUAUUCGCCAACUUCAAAUCCAAAUGUGUAAGGCCCGGGAAUUCGAUUUCAGUGGUUUGAAAACUGGGUACCUUGAUUCAAGAUCUAUUUUCACCGAGAUCAAUUCUAUGCAAUCGACAUUUGUACAAAUGUUGCAAAAGUUCGCCAACGGAAUUAAGCAAAACAAGGACCUCUUGCAAUCUGCUACAGUUCGACCAUCAAUGAUUCGAAGCUCUAAUGGUGCUGGCACUGCUAGUGAGAAUGAAACCGCAGACCGUGCCAUGAGCCGUACCUCCAAGAUAGCUGAAGAGCAAGAGCUCGAAUGA